GUGCCUUUGGAAUACAAGAAAUACUCUGCGUUCCUCAGUGUUACCGAACUACCUUUGGCUUUAGAGAAAAUUAAUCCUAGUGCGGAUUCAACAUUGUAAAAUUGAGAUUGCACAUUGGUUUUUAUUUUCACCCGUGAGAAGAUGGCAUAUUCAAGCAAAUUGAAAAAUAUCAGCAUGCAUACUUCUUUUUGUAAAUAUGAAUAUAAUCUUCAGUAUUAAAACUAUUUUGUGUAUAAAGGAUGGUUUAUGAAAGAAAAAUAAACAGUACUGAGGGAAAAAAAUUGGAUUUAUUUUGUGUACAUAAAAGUGAUCAAUGAAGUUAUUUAAAAUGUUUGUGUUUGAUUUUUUAAAUAAAAAAAAAUACAGUUUA